AUUUAUUCUGUUUCCUGUUUUGCUUGUUGUGGUGGUCUAAAAAUUGUUCUACGAUGCUUGUCCAAUAUAUAUCAUCUAAACAUAUUGCUAUUAUGGCUGGUUCAUCAGUUUGCAAGAAAUCAAUUGAGUCUCAAACAGUGUCUUGAGCUGUAAUUUUACUUAUAAUCUUUUAAUUUAAAUUUUAAUUUAAUAAGUGUAAACAAUAGAAUAUCAGUAAUUUUUCUUAAUGUUGGUACACCAUUCGUUCUUAUCUUUUUUGCUCAUGAUAAAAUAUAUAUUACAAUCAGUUUAACAUUCAGUCUCAUUGUAAUUUGUGGCUUAAAAUCUUAAAUUAUCAUUUUAUUACUUGAAAUAGCGUUAUAUAUUAGUUAUUUUUUACUUUUAUUAUCACUUUGUAUUUUAAAUUUUCCCAAUAUCAUAAUGGCUUCAAGUGACCCAGAACUAAGUGAUGGGAUUACCCUACCAGUUUGGAUGAAGACUAAACCAGUCAAGGAAUUCGAACCGUUUGCAGCUUCACCUCCGGCACCUGAAGAUUCUUUCUUCUACAUACGAUACCCUAAAACAGAUGUGUUGUUCGGCAAACCGAAAGUUGGAGACAUACCGAAGUUGAUCAAUGAACAACAGAAAGAUCUAGCGGUGAAGGCAGCGUACAGUACUAUCAAAGAACAGGACUGGUCCAAACACACUAAGCCUUGUCAAGACGUUCUACACGGGAUUGCGCCAAUUCAUAAACCAGUGGACUUGAAGCCGGCGUCGGUAGGCACAGAGGAUGGGUUUAAAGGAGAGGGUGCGGCGUGCGGCAACUCCGUCGUCAAGGUGGCGCAUCAGAUGAUCCAGUCGAAUCGUUCUCCACGCGGUUUUACGGUCGCGUCGCCCACGGAGGAGGAAGCGGUGGCGCCCACUGCCCGCCAGUACAACCUGCAGACACGCCGCGGCAGCAAGAGCCUGCCCGCCACGCCCGCGCACUCGCCCCCCUCCAGCCCGACUGGCCGCAGGAGGAUGAUCGGAAAUAGAUAUUUCACUUCACCGUUCGAGCCGGUGGAGGAUUCCAGUAAUCGCUCCUGGCUCACGAUGGCGCUGCUCGGCUUCAAGAAAGACCUCACCACAUCCACCUCCACCCUCGCAGAGGAGGACACCAUCGAGCACAGACUGCAAGGUGGAACAUUAGCAGAAUCCGUGGAGAACUUAGGCCCAUCUCCUAGAGGUAAAGAACCCAAACUGAUGUCCAACGAAACAAGCACACAGCAGCCCAAGUUGACGAAACCAGCGCACGCCUUCCGACCUAAACCCUCGGAGCUCAGGGAAAUGAACUUCUGGUCACCGACCUCCAUGUAAAAUUAUUUCCGUAACAUUAAUACAGAAAUAAUAAUAAUAAUAAUGUACUUCACUAUUGUUAACUUUUUAUCAGUAUUUUUGUGAAUUCAGAUUACCUUAACUGUCUAUGUUUUGUCAAAGAAAACGUAAGGGAUGACAAUAUCUAUGACCAAGUGUCAGUGCUCUGGAGAUCUUGGGUUAAACUGAUUCAUAAUUAAAUAGGUAUAUACUUAAAUUACUUUUAAUUACAUGUUUAUUUAGUAUGAGAUUUUAUGUAAGCUAUGAAAUGAGGUUCAUUUUAAAGUAAUCUUACAUAUAAAAUUACUAUAAAAUAUUUUUGACUUGUGAUAAGCAAUAUCUUUGCAAUAAAGAAUCCUCAAAAUCUGUUCUUCGGAGAUAAUAAAUAAAAAAAAAGAAAAUGCGUCAAAGCCAGACUUAAAAGUUAUCUGAACUGAUAGAUUUUGACCGUUGCAAUGUCACUCAAAUAAUAUGUUUACAUAAAA